CGGGUCAGCAGGCGGCGCUCUCACGGCCGCGGUCCAAUGAAGGUAACCGGAAGUGUGACGUCGCUAUCAACAUUAAAGUGCGUCGCGAGUCUUGUUUUAGAGAGGCUCGAUCGAUCUCAUCAUGCCCGAACGCGAAUCUGAUGUUUACUCCAAUCCUCUGGCUCCGGACGGCCAUGAGGUGGAGGACCACCGGUCAGCGCUCCAAUCCAAGCUGACCAAUGAUGACUUCAGGAAGCUUCUGAUGACCCCGAGAUCCACGCCGUCCUCGGCUCCGCCCUCCAAAACACGCCACCAUGAGAUGCCACGGGAAUAUAAUGAGGAUGAGGAUCCUGCAGCUCGAAGACGUAAGAAAAAGAGUUACUACGCUAAGCUGCGGCAGCAGGAGAUGGAGCGCGAGCGCGAGCUGGCGGAGAAGUACCGCGACCGCGCUCGAGAGAGACGUGACGGCGUUAAUAAAGACUACGAGGAGACCGAGCUCAUCAGCACCACGGCCAACUAUCGAGCCGUGGGACCCACCGCAGAGGCGGACAAGUCGGCGGCAGAGAAAAGGCGUCAGCUGAUCCAGGAGUCUAAGUUCUUGGGAGGUGACAUGGAGCACACUCACUUGGUGAAGGGUCUGGAUUUCGCCCUGCUGCAGAAGGUCAGAGCUGAAAUCACCAGCAAGGAGCGAGAAGAGGAGGACAUGAUCGAGAAAGUGCAGAAGGAAGUCAAGAAAGAUGAAGAUCCGGAGCAGAAGAUCGAGUUCAAGACUCGUCUCGGAAGGAACAUCUACCGUAUCCUGUUCAAGGGCCGUCAGAUGGAGCGUAACGAGCUGUUUCUGCCGGGCCGUAUGGCGUACGUGGUGGACCUGGAAGACGAGUACGCAGACACGGACAUCCCGACCACCCUGAUCCGCAGCAAAGCUGACUGCCCCACCAUGGAGGCUCAGACGACGCUCACCACCAACGACAUAGUCAUCAGCAAGCUGACACAGAUCCUGUCGUACCUGAGGCAGGGCACCCGCAACAAGAAACUCAAGAAGAAGGACAAAGGGCGUCUGGAUGAGAAGAAGGCACCGGAGGCCGACGUAAAGUGAGUUCACGUGCAAUCAGAGUUUAUUCCGUCUGUCUGUCUGUCCUCCAAGAGCGUCCGAGACAAAGAGAAGGAGCGCUACCGCGAGCGAGAGAGGGAGAAGGAUCGAGAUCGAGAGAGAGAGAGGGAGAGGGAGAGAGAGAGAGAGAGGGAUCGAGACGAGGAGAAAAGACGACACAGUUACUUCGAGAAACCCCGGGCUGAGGACGAGGCCAUGGACAUUGAUAAAGGUCCAGGCUCUGUGAAGGACCAGAUCAAGCUGAUCAAUGAGAAGUUUGCUGGAGCCGCUCAUUUGCAGGAAGCUGGAAGCAGACGUGAAGAGAAGAAGCAUCUCGGAGAUUUCUUUGGGAUGUCGAACAGUUACGCCGAGUGCUAUCCCGCCACAAUGGAUGAUCUGGCUGUGGACAGCGACGAGGAGGUGGACUACAGCAAGAUGGACCAGGGUAAUAAGAAGGGUCCUUUGGGCCGCUGGGACUUUGACACGCAAGAGGAGUACAGCGACUACAUGAACAACAAGGAGGCGCUUCCCAAGGCUGCCUUCCAGUACGGCAUCAAAAUGUCUGAGGGACGAAAAACCCGCCGCUUCAAAGAGACCAACGAGAAGGCUGAGCUUGACCGACAGUGGAAGAAAAUCAGCGCCAUCAUCGAGAAGAGAAAGAAGAUGGAGGCAGAUGGGGUGGAUGUGAAGCGGCCCAAAUAUUAAAGCUUCAAGAAUCCUUCCAGCUGCAUGAUGCACAUGUAUAAACCGUAAACGAUUUGUGUUGUUUUUCCGAUUCUCCAUGAAGACAGUGAUAGAAAAAGAUGUACUCAUUUUUACUGUUAACCCCAAGUUCUGUUUGUUUGUUGUUUUUUAAGAGUGUUUCAGAAUCAGAUGCAGUCGUGAUACAAGAGCUUUCUAGAUCCUCUUAGUGUUGCCAGUCUUAUUACAAACCCUGAUGCUCGCUGUAUAUCGAUCUAAAGCUUUGUCUUUCUGGUAAUAACGGCGUCCCGUAACGUGGUGAAAUGCACCUGUUUCAACUCAUUUAUUCAUAAAUACAAAAGCUUGUGUAAUCCUGAGUAACGAUAAAAGCAUAACACACUCUG